GCCGUGAAUCCUGGAGACACGAUGGUUCAGUGGACAGCUGAGGAACGCGCUGCGAUACAGGGUGUAUUCGCCAAACUCGACUACGAGUCGGUGGGCCGCGAGAGCUUGACGAGAUGCUUGGUCGUCUACCCUUGGACUCAGCGGUACUUUGGUGGGUUUGGAAACCUGUAUAACGCGGAGGCAAUCAUGGCUAAUCCAAAAAUCGCGGCGCACGGCAUUGUCGUGCUUCAAGGACUGGAGAAAGCUCUCAAUAACAUGGAUAAUAUCAAGAAAACCUUCAGUGCCCUUAGCGAGCUUCACUCAGAGAAACUGCAGGUCGACCCAGGCAAUUUUCAGCUCUUAGGUGACUGCCUGACAGUGGUGAUUGCUACACGCAUGAGGACUGACUUCACCCCAGACAUCCAAGCUGCUUGGCAAAAGUUCCUGUGUGUUGUUAUAUCAGCCCUAAAAAGGCAGUAUUAUUAG